CAAGCUGGCAGGUCCUAAAAUAUUCAGUGGCUCUUUUAAGAACUGAAAAAUUAAAUACAUGCAAAAAAGACUGCACUAUGCUGUGGUUAAUACUAAGUUCGGCAAUUUUGCAUUGUGUGCUGCUAACCAAUGCUGACGGCCUGUACUCCGUUGUGGCACCCAAGACCCUGCGAUCCAAAAGUGCCUAUAAUGUUGUAGUUGCCGUCCAAAAUGCACCGCGAGCUACUAAUGUCUCAGUCAGCCUGACAGGACCUUCAUUUAGUUUGGGAAAACAUGUUGAGGUUUCAGCAAUGUCCUCGAAAACUGUUAGAUUUGACAUUCCGAAACUAACCGAAGGCAAGUACAAGCUAGAAGUUGUGGGUAGUGGCGGCAUCGAAUUCCGGAACUCCACCAAGCUGGACUUUGCAACCGACAAGAACAGGAUAUACAUUCAAACGGACAAGGCCACCUAUAAGCCCGGCGAUAAGAUCCAGUUUAGAGUACUUUUCCUGGACAAACACACCCGACCAGCCGUAAUCGAUAAGGCCAUUGCGAUAGAGAUUCGCGAUGGAGACCAUAAUCUGAUUAGGCAAUGGAAGGAUAUCAUACCCAGGAGUGUCUAUUCCGGAGAGCUCCAGCUGUCCGACAGACCGGUUCUGGGCAACUGGACUUUAACCGUCACGGCGCAAGACGAUGGCAAGGAGACGAAAACGCUGGUGGUGGACAAGUAUGUGGUGCCGAAGUUUGAGGUGUUCGUUAUAACCGCCAAGGAUGUCGCGGCUAGUGCUGGCUACAUUAGGGCAACGAUAAGAGCCAGGUACACCUUUAAAAAGCCCGUAAAGGGCCACGUCGUCGCUUCGAUCGAGGGCAGCUCGGCGAAGAAAAACCUGCCCAUCGAUGGACAGGUGAAUGUGGAGUUUCCCAUUCCAGCGACCGGCAAGAGUCUUUUGAAAAUAACUGCCACUGUUGCCGAGGAGCUGACGAACCUCAAACACAACGCUACUGCAUACGUGACCGUCCACCAACACCGCCACAAGCUGGAGGAUCUGUUUUGGCCAACGCACUAUAGGCCAGGUGUAAUGUAUGAAUUUAAGACGGUGGUUAGAAACUUGGACGGUUCUCCUGUCACUGACUCUUCUAAGAACGUGAACUUCAACGUUAAGUGCUGUCACGCUUCUAGAAAUUUCCCAGCUUUCCUUCAAAAUAGCAUUGCCACCCAGCAUAUAAUGCUACCCGAUACAACGUGCAAAAGUUGUCUUGUGACGGUUACAUAUGACACUGCAGCCAAUUUAGGACGAUACUUAUAUAAGCUCGAUGCGACACUCAAUAUUGCGGUCAUUACCAAAAGACCGCAACUAAGGAAAGAGCUUAAAAUAAAUAUUAAGUCCAAUAACUAUCUUCCUUACAUUAUUGUGACUAUUCUAGCACGAGGUAACAUAUUUCUAAGUCAAUAUAUAAAGGUGGAAGAAAGAGAAAAGAGCCACGAAUUUAAGUUCGUACCGACUUUUGAAAUGGUGCCCCAAGCUACGAUAUUUGUCCAUUACAUUGUCAACGGGGAUUUCAUGUCUGCCAAAGAAACUGUCGAUAUCGAGAAGGACUUUGAAAACACGAUUGAAAUAUCAACAGAAAAGGAAGCAAGGCCCGGGGAUAAAGUCAGCCUAAGGGUGAAAACCAAUCCCCAUUCCUUUGUGGGUCUCCUUGGAGUGGACCAGAGUGUGCUGCUUUUAAGGUCAGGAAACGACCUAAACCGUGAACAAAUAUUGAACAAUCUGGCCACGGACUCCACCGACUUGGUGACCCUAACAAACGCGAAUAUUUUUAUCCCCAAAAGCUCGGGUGGCUGUUAUACCAAUGAUGACCAAAACAAUUGCACUGGUGCUCCUAUAAGUCGAACGGUGUUUCAAAAAGUUGAAUCAGUAAGGAACUCAGCUCCUGUUCCAACUGUCAGUUCAAGCAAAGCACAAGCUUCACUUCCACCAGUUCGCAAGCUCUUCCCCGAAACCUGGCUGUUUUCAAACAUAAGGAGCGUGGGAGCCAGCGGCGAAACCUCCAUCAACACGACAGUUCCCGAUACGAUGACCUCCUGGGUUAUCACCGGCUUCUCCCUCAACUACCAAACCGGCCUUGCCGUAACCAGGAAUCCUCACAGAAUUCGUGUAUUCCAACCGUUCUUUGUGACCACCAACUUGCCGUACUCGGUGAAGCACGGCGAAGUGAUCGCCAUUCCUGUGGUCGUCUUCAACUACUUGGGAAUGGAUGUGGAGGCGAGAGUAUCAAUGGAUAACUCUGAGGGUGAGUACGAAUUCAUUGAGACCACCAGCGCUAACGUGUCCCAAAAGAAGAAGAGAGUGGAAAGGGAAAAAAAAUUAUGGAUACCCGCCAGUACCGGACGAAGCAUCUCCUUCAUGAUCCGCCCGAGGAAAGUAGGUCUGACCACCCUAAAGAUCUCCGCCAUCUCGCCAAAUGCCGGCGACAGACUCCAUCAAAUACUGAAAGUGGAGGCCGAAGGCGUCCCAAAGUACGUCAACAAAGCCGUAUUAAUUACCGUUCAAAGGCGGAAGCGACGAAGUCUGGCGCCGCCGGAGAAGACACUUGUCAUAGAAGAAAUCCACGAUGCUGUGGAGGGCUCCGUUUGUAGGGAAAUCCAAGUGAGUGGAAGUAGCCAAGCGCCUCAGCUGGAACACCUCGACGGUCUGGUGCGCAAGCCCUAUGGCUGUGGCGAGCAGAACAUGUUUAACUUUGUGCCCAGCAUCCUGGCGUUGAGCUAUUUAGAAGCAAGUAAUCGGAGUGAUAAGAAAAUAGAACAUAUUGCCAGGGUUUAUGUCGAAACUGGUUACCAAAACGAGCUUUCGUACAAACGUUCCGACGGCUCCUUCAGCGCUUGGGGCAAAUAUGAUCCUGCAGGCAGCACGUGGCUCACUGCAUAUGUGAUAAGGUCCUUUCAUCAGGCUGCCAAGUACAUCGACAUUGACGACAGUGUACUGGCAGCUGGACUGGAUUUCAUCGCGUCCCGACAAAGUGCAAAUGGGAUAUUUAAGGAAUUGGGCAGGCUUAUACAAAACAGUCAUGGAAGUCCGUUGGCGCUUACAUCCUUUGUCCUGCUGACUUUCUUCGAAAACGAGAAAUAUAAAAAUAAAUAUCAGAAAGUGAUCGCUAGGGCUGUGAAUUGGGUGGCUGAGGAGGUGACCAGGUCGAAUAACGCCUAUGAUCUGGCCAUCGCCGCCCUGGCCCUUUCAUUAGCAAAACAUCGCAGUGCCCAAAGCACUUUAACCAAGUUGGAAAGUUUGGCCAAGAGGCGUGGUGACCACAAGUGGUGGACCGGUGCAGAUAACAGCAAGAGCAGCGAUGUGGAGACCACCUCAUAUGUGCUGCUCGCCCUUCUUGAGCAAAACGGGUUGGAUUCAGCCAAGCCGAUUGUCGAUUGGCUGAUAAGCAAGCGAAACAGCAACGGAGGCUUCGUUUCCUCGCAGGACACCGUUGUGGGUAUCAUGGCCCUAACCAAGUACGAACUCGCAUCACAAAUGACGACCGAAGGUAUUGAUGUUCAGCUUUCGUAUUUGGACAAACACAGAAAACAUUUGAGGGUAGGCAAAGACAAUAAAUUCAAAGUUCAGACCCAUCGGCUUCCUGAAAAUGCAACCGAGGUCAAGUGUACGGCCACAGGUCAAGGACGUGCUCUAGUUCAGCUGUCUUACCGGUACAAUGUGGCCACCGCGGUGAAGAGUCCCAGCUUCAAACUAAGGACUAAGGUUAUGCAGUCCGAUAAGUACCGGCUAAUCCUCAAUAUUUGCGGCGAGUACACUCCCAUCGCAAACUCCGAGCGGAGUAAGCCCACCAAUAUGGCUUUAAUGCAGGUGCAGCUACCAUCUGGCUAUGUUUGCGACACCGAUUCCUUCGCCCUCAUCGCGGCCAUUCCAGACGUAAAGCGUGUGGAGUCCAAACGCGGUGACACCGAGGUUCAUAUCUAUUUCGAAAAGCUGCACCCCAAUGCCCCCAAGUGCCUGAACCUGAAGGCCAUAUACACCCAUGCAGUGGCUGAGCAGAAACCUUCUUGGGUUCAGCUCUACGAUUACUAUGCCACCGAACGCAAGGCUACCGAAUUCUACCACGUGGACUCUCCUCGCAUACUUUAGUAUUUUAAGAAAACAA